CUCUAUCCCGUCCUGCUCUGCGGCGCAGGGGCAAGAUGGCUGCUGAGAAACAGGUUCCUGGCUGCAGUGGUGGCAGCGGCGGCAGCGGCGGCGGCGGCGGUGGACGCGGUGCCGGAGGAGAGGAAAAUAAGGAAAACGAACGGCCAUCAGCCGGAUCGAAGGCAAACAAAGAAUUCGGGGAUAGCCUGAGUUUGGAGAUUCUUCAGAUUAUUAAGGAAUCCCAGCAGCAGCAUGGCUUACGGCAUGGAGAUUUUCAGAGGUACAGGGGCUACUGUUCCCGUAGACAAAGACGUCUCCGGAAAACGCUCAACUUCAAGAUGGGGAACAGACACAAGUUCACAGGGAAAAAAGUAACUGAAGAUCUUCUGACCGAUAACAGAUAUUUGCUUCUGGUUCUGAUGGAUGCUGAAAGAGCCUGGAGCUAUGCCAUGCAGCUCAAACAGGAAGCCAACACUGAACCCCGAAAACGGUUCCAUUUGUUGUCUCGCCUACGCAAAGCCGUGAAGCACGCAGAGGAAUUGGAACGCUUGUGUGAGAGCAGCCGUGUGGACGCCAAGACCAAGCUAGAGGCUCAGGCUUACACAGCUUACCUCUCAGGAAUGCUGCGUUUUGAACAUCAAGAGUGGAAAGCUGCCAUCGAGGCUUUUAACAAAUGCAAAACAAUCUACGAGAAGCUCGCCAGCGCAUUCACGGAAGAGCAGGCUGUGCUGUACAACCAGCGUGUGGAGGAGAUCUCGCCCAACAUCCGCUACUGUGCCUAUAACAUUGGGGACCAGUCAGCUAUCAAUGAACUCAUGCAGAUGAGAUUGAGGUCUGGGGGCACCGAGGGUCUCCUGGCAGAAAAAUUGGAGGCAUUGAUCACACAGACGCGAGCCAAGCAGGCAGCUACCAUGAGCGAGGUGGAGUGGAGAGGGAGAACCGUUCCAGUGAAGAUCGACAAAGUGAGGAUCUUUUUAUUGGGAUUAGCUGACAACGAGGCCGCCAUUGCCCAGGCUGAAAGUGAAGAAACCAAGGAGCGUCUGUUUGAAUCCAUGCUCAGCGAGUGUCGGGACGCCAUCCAGGCUGUUCGGGAAGAGCUCAAGCCAGACCAGAAACAGAGAGAUUAUACCCUUGAAGGGGAGUUGGGGAAGGUGUCCAAUCUUCAGUACCUGCACAGCUACCUGACUUACAUUAAGCUGUCGACGGCCAUCAAGCGGAAUGAGAACAUGGCUCAAGGUCUGCAGAGGGCACUGCUGCAGCAGCAGCCGGAAGAUGACAGCAAGCGCUCCCCGCGGCCCCAGGACCUGAUCCGGCUCUAUGACAUCAUUCUGCAGAAUCUGGUGGAAUUGCUCCAGCUUCCUGGCUUAGAGGAGGACAGAGCCUUCCAGAAAGAGAUAGGCCUCAAGACCCUGGUGUACAAGGCGUACAGGUGUUUUUUCAUUGCUCAGUCCUACGUGUUGGUGAAGAAGUGGAGUGAAGCCCUCGUCCUAUAUGACAGAGUCCUCAAAUAUGCCAAUGAAGUGAAUUCGGAUGCGGGGGCCUUCAAGAACAGCCUGAAGGACCUGCCUGACGUGCAAGAGCUCAUCGCACAAGUGAGGUCAGAAAAGUGCUCCCUGCAGGCGGCGGCGAUCCUGGAUGCAAGUGACUUCCACCAAACAGAGACUUCCUCCCACGUCAAGGACAAUAAGCCUCUGGUUGAACGGUUUGAGACAUUCUGCCUGGACCCUUCCCUCGUCACCAAGCAAGCCAGCCUUGUGCACUUCCCACCCGGAUUCCAGCCCGUCCCUUGCAAGCCUUUGUUCUUUGACCUGGCCCUCAACCACGUGGCCUUCCCACCCCUGGAGGACAAGUUGGAGCAGAAGACCAAGAGCGGCCUCACCGGAUACAUCAAGGGCAUCUUUGGGUUCAGGAGCUAACCGGGCUCUUCCUUGGGGGCAGGGGCGAUUCUGCCUCAGUCUGUAUUGUGAGAAAACCCCAGCAAGUUCCAUGCUAUUAAACCCAGGUCUGCGUUGGCCCAGGGCGCGAGUGUCACACCCUCAGCCCUGCGUCCCUAUGUCUGUGUGUCUGUGCACCUACGUUCCUAACCAGCGUGCCAGAGGGGCACCCUGUUGUCUUCUGGUCGAUGUGGGCAGGGUCCCUCUGUCCAUAGCUCCUGGGGGAGGGCCACUGCCACCCGGUCCUGGGUGAGCUGUGAUUCAUUACCUCUGGUCAGUAACGUAUUCGGGGAGGAGGUCCCCAAGGCACAGAUGGGGACUCAGAAAGUUUUGCACAAGUCUCCAGUACCAUGGAUUUGUAACGACCUCUCCUGCUGCGAGCAUCCAGAAUCUCCUGAAAAGUUUGUUCAUGACUAGAAAACAUUGGCAACGUCACCCCAGAAUUACAGCCAGCCUUAUCCCCCUUCACCUCCAAGUGAAAGUUAAGAAGUUUCAAAACAAGCAAAGAGCUCUAUUUUUAGAAGAAAUAUGUUACACUCAGAAAUGAUGAAAACAGAUCUUAUAUUAAAAGGCAAAGACGCUGGA